AUGGGUUCCGUAGCCGCCCUCAGCAUCGAAGAGAAUCGAUCAACCCUGUCCUCAGAUUGGGCAGCUCUGGCAGCAGCCCACUCCCAGAAGCAGCGUGAAGCAAUUCCGAAGGCUUGGACUCUCAGCGACGAUACGCUCAAAGAAAUCACCGGACACGGAACAGACCGCCAUGGACGCCUCGUCGAGCUCCAGACUGCGCAGAAAUCGGGGCUGCUAUCCGACCAUGAGAUCGGAAUCUCACAAGCAACUGCAUCAGAGCUUGUUCAGAAGAUUCAUGCCGGCGAGCUCACUUCUGCGGAGGUCACUGUGACUUUCUGCAAGAUGGCCGCUGUUGCUCAACAAACCGAUUCUCUCCAUGUCAAGGGAAGGCAUGCAACGGUCGGAUACACUGAAUAUCUGAGGCGGGAUCCGCCGAACAAGAACUCGGCUCUCGUGGAUUUGUUGCUGGAUGCAGGCGCUGUUCUGUACUGCAAGACAAAUGUGCCCCAGACAAUGAUGACGGCCGACUCGGAAAAUCAUAUCUUCGGAAGGACGCUGUGUCCCCACAAGACAACACUGACGGCAGGCGGCUCGUCCGGAGGCGAGGGAGCGCUUGUAGGGUUCAGAGGAUCACCAUUAGGCGUCGGCACCGACAUUGCAGGUUCCAUCCGGAUCCCUUCCCUCUGCUGCGGCACGUACGGCUUCAAACCGAGCUCGAACCGUGUUCCUUUUGGGGGACAAUCGCAUUACCCAUUCCCCAUUCAUGGGCUGGACCUCAUAGAACCUACAGCUGGGCCUCUCGCCAAUUCGGUUGCCGAUUUGUCCCUCUUCAUGCAGACAGUCACGAGGCGGUCGCCCUGGAAGUAUGAUCCCACAGCCCAUCAUCUCGGAUGGCGGGCUCUACCACACAACUACGCGAAACGCCUCACAAUUGGUGUCCUUCCUGAGGACCCCCUGUACAAACUCCAUCCUCCGGUCCGUCAUACCAUCGACAAGGCUGUGGCCGUCCUCAAGGCCAAGGGCCACAACAUUGUCCACCUGCCAUACGAAGCCAGUACAAGCGUGGACUUGGGUGGGCGUAUUGGCUUCCAGCUCUUCACACUAGGGGGUCCUAGUCCCGACCAGGUACUUGAGGAGGCCGGCGAGCCGCUGGUGUACUCGGUCGAGAAACGCGUGCACCCUUUCGCCCAUGGUGGCCUUCCUGUGCCCCCGAGCGGAGACAAGUUUGCAGAAACAAUUCAGAUUACCAAAGUCAAAGCAGCGUAUGCAGAAGCGUGGCAGAAGACUUGGGGUAGCUUCGACCUCGACGUUGUACUGGCGCCUGGUGCGAUCAGCACGUCGGUCUCGCAUGACACGUAUGGUUGUCCGAUGUACACGCUCAUGUGGAACGUCCUCGACUAUCCGGCAGGCAUCAUCCCAUAUGGCACCUCCUCGAGCGCCGAGUUCCCUGAACACCAGAAGGGCAAUGCCACCUUUGACUCUGAUUGUAUGGCUGCAUCUACCCACUGGCAUGGUCCGAAAAAUGCUGACCCAAAGAUAGACAUCCCGGAAGCAGCUGAUGGGGCGCCAUGCGCCAUCCAGAUCGUCGCACCCAGGUUCCACGAUGAAGAGUGCCUUCAAGCUAUGGAAUUGAUUGACAAAGAGCUACGGCAGGAUGCGCAAUCAGCACACUCUCGGCCACGGAUUUAG